AUGCGAGCCUUCCCCCCGGCAUACCCGGCUAAAGAUCCGAGACAGCGCCCCCAGUCAACGGUGCCGAGGUGUCCUUGCUUUGGUCCAGUGCUUUGGGUCGCCAGCGGACCACUGAGUAAUCCUGCCGAGCCACUCAAUCCACCCAUCGCCGACGACGCUGACGCCGUCGAACGCUUAAACGCACAAGAACGACCCCCGUACCGACCUCCAGCGCCUCUUAUCAGCCCCAGGACCCACCCCACGCACCUUUUACCGCCGCUCGAGAUGACGAUUGACUAUGAUCAGUCGGACCCCGACAAGUGGAUCGAGCGACUCCGAAAAUGUCGCCAUCUGCCAGAACGCCAGAUGAAGGCGUUAUGCCAGCGCGUCGGGGACCUGCUGCUCGAGGAGAGCAACGUGCACCUCGUCCAGAGCCCAGUAACCGUGUGCGGUGACAUCCACGGACAGUUCUGGGAUGUUCUUGAGAUCUUCCGGCAAGGAGGAGAAGCACCGGAGACGCAGUACAUCUUUAUGGGCGACUACGUGGACCGCGGAUACUACUCACUGGAGACGCUGUCGUUACUCUUCGCGCUCAAAGCGCGGUAUCCGGACCGCAUCACGCUACUGCGCGGCAACCACGAGAGCCGGCAGAUCACGCAGGUGUACGGCUUCUACGACGAGUGCAUGAACAAGUACGGAAACCCGAGUGUGUGGCGAGCGUGCUGCAACGUCUUUGACAGCCUGAACCUCGCCGCCAUCAUCGACUCGAGCAUUCUGUGUGUGCACGGCGGCCUGUCGCCGGAUAUCCGCACGCUCGACCAGGUGCGCACGAUAUCGCGCGCGCAGGAGGUGCCGCACGAGGGACCGUUUUGUGACCUCAUGUGGUCCGAUCCAGACGACGUCGAGACCUGGGGUGUCUCGCCGCGAGGCGCGGGCUGGCUCUUCGGCGCCAAGGUGACGCACGAGUUCAACCACGUGAACAACCUGAAUUUGAUUGCGCGCGCGCACCAGCUCGUGCAAGAGGGCUACAAGCACAUGUUUGACGAUGCGCUCGUCACCGUCUGGUCCGCGCCCAACUACUGCUACCGGUGCGGCAACUCGGCGUCCAUCAUGCAGGUCGACAGCAAUGGGAAGACUUCGUUCAAGGUCUACGAGGCCGCGAUCGAGAACCAGACCGACAACAGGAAUCCGGCCAUGCGGAGGGCCGGCGCGCCGAGUUACUUUGUCUAA